UCCCUGCAACUGCUUCCCUCCACUCUGAACUGUAGUUUGGGAAGAUUUAAGAGGUCUGGGAGGUGCCUGUGUGGGUUUUAACUAACCCGAAACUGUCAUUAAUACAUCUCCACGCUCAGAGAUGGUUCCGGCAAGGCAUAGUACCAGCCUGGGUGCGCUUGCACCGGGACACUGUGGAAUCCUUCCCGGUCUGAGCCGGGUCUGCCAGUGAGGGGAUAUCCUUCCUCUUGGCCCGCUCUUGAGCUGUGGGUCUAGUGCUCUAACUGCUAAAUGCAUCUUGAGCGCCUUUAUUUCUGUUCAUCAUGGAAACUCUCCACCAGUGUCCACCUAGAGAAGACAUGACUAGUCCCUGUGGAUACCUGAGACACUCACUAAACUCCCCCACAGGUGUGCCAAGGACUUUGCGCUCUUGGGGGUCACCUAGCCAGCUUUGAAGCUGCCUUCUUGGCCCUGCCUUUGUACAAGUCGAUGCCCUCCUAGCCAGCUGCCGGGGAUGGAGGGCUUCAUGGACUCAGGGACACAGACGGAUGCCGUGGUGGUGCUGUCCUUGGCUCAGGCUGCUGUACUGGGCCUGGUCUCAGAAAAUGAGCUCUUUGGAGCCACCAUAAGCCCCGAGGCCUUCUACCCGGACCUAGGACCAGAUCUGUCUGGGGCGUCUAUAGGGGAGCCUGGGCCACCAGGACCCGAUGUGUACCAGCUGGCCUGCAACGGCAGGGCCCUGGAAGAGCCGGCAGAGGAGGAGGUGCUGGAGGUGGAGGCAGCCUUUGAGAAGCACACACGUCGGAAGACACGGCCCCCUGUGCGGCUGGUGCCCAAGGUCAAGUUUGAGAAGGUGGAGGAGGAAGAGGAGCAGGAGGUCUAUGAGGUUUCCGUGCCUGGUGACGACAAGGAUGCAGGCCCAGCAGAGGCCCCUACUGAGGUGGCCGGUGGCGGCUGCGAAGCCCUGGUGCAGAGCAGCGCUGUCAAGAUGAUCGACCUCAGCGCCUUCAGCCGCAAGCCCCGGACGCUCCGGCACCUGCCCCGAACUCCCAGGCCGGAGCUGGAUGUGACCCCGUACAACCCUCACUUCCCCGACCCGUCCCGAGACGGCUUCCCCGAGCCCAGCAUGGCGCUGCCUGGGCCAGAGGCCUUGCCCGCCGAGUGUGGGUUUGAGCCGCCCCAUCUGGCCCCCCUGAGCGACCCCGAAGCCCCCACCAUGGCAUCCCCGGAGCCUGUCAAGCCAGAGCAGGGCUUCGUGUGGCAGGAGGCCAGCGAGUUUGAGGCCGACGCGGCAGGCUCAACAGUGGAGCGCCACAAGAAGGCCCAGCUGGAUCGGCUGGACAUCAACGUGCAGAUCGACGACUCCUACCUGGUGGAGGCAGGCGACCGCCAGAAGCGCUGGCAGUGCCGCAUGUGCGAGAAGUCCUACACGUCCAAGUACAACCUGGUGACGCACAUCCUGGGCCACAACGGCAUCAAGCCGCACUCGUGCCCGCACUGCAGCAAGCUCUUCAAGCAGCCCAGCCACCUGCAGACGCACCUGCUGACGCACCAGGGCACGCGGCCACACAAGUGCCAGGUGUGCCACAAGGCCUUCACGCAGACCAGCCACCUCAAGCGCCACAUGCUGCUGCACUCCGAGGUCAAGCCCUACAGCUGCCACUUCUGCGGCCGUGGCUUUGCCUACCCCAGCGAGCUCAAGGCCCACGAAGUGAAACAUGAGAGCGGCCGCUGCCACGUCUGCGUGGAAUGCGGCCUGGACUUCUCCACCCUGACCCAGCUCAAGCGCCACCUGGCCUCCCACCAGGGCCCCACCCUCUACCAGUGCCUCGAGUGUGACAAGUCCUUCCACUACCGCAGCCAGCUGCAGAAUCACAUGCUGAAGCACCAGAACGUGCGGCCCUUUGUGUGCACCGAGUGCGGCAUGGAGUUCAGCCAGAUCCACCACCUCAAGCAGCACUCGCUCACCCACAAGGGCGUGAAGGAGUUCAAGUGCGAGGUGUGUGGCCGGGAAUUCACACUGCAGGCGAACAUGAAGCGGCACAUGCUGAUCCACACCAGCGUCCGGCCCUACCAGUGCCACAUCUGCUUCAAGACCUUUGUGCAGAAGCAGACCCUCAAGACCCACAUGAUUGUACACUCACCCGUGAAGCCAUUCAAGUGCAAGGUGUGCGGGAAGUCCUUCAACCGCAUGUACAACCUGCUGGGCCACAUGCACCUGCACGCUGGCAGCAAGCCCUUCAAGUGCCCCUACUGCUCCAGCAAGUUUAACCUCAAGGGCAACCUGAGCCGGCACAUGAAGGUCAAGCAUGGCGUCAUGGACAUCGGCCUGGACAGCCAAGACCCCAUGAUGGAGCUGGCAGGCACUGACCCCUCUGAGCUCGACAGCCAGCAGGAGAUGGAGGACUUUGAGGAGAGCGCCUACACUUACGCCGGUGUGGACAGCGGUGCAGAGGCCAGCGCCCUCACCGAGCAGGCCAUGAAGGAGAUGGCCUACUACAACGUGCUAUAGCGGGAGCCCGGCCACCCAGCACAGGGGAGGAGGCCUCGGGGAGUGGGGGUGAGACCCGGGUGCUGCAGGCCACGCCUCCUGCAGCCAGAAACAAGCUACUGCCCCACCGUCCCCAGUCCUCCCUCCCCAUUUGCACCACUAGGGACCUUUACAGACCAAAUGGAGACUGUACUACUGGCCUUGCUGGGAGCCAGGUGCGGGCCCAGGCAUCCCUGCAAGGAAAGAGAAACCAGGAGGCCCCCUCCAUGUCUCUGGCCUGCUACUGUGGGCAGGAGAGAGAAAGGCACAGGUUGGCAGGGUGUCUCAGGCCACCUCGGGCCCAGCAGAACUCUCCACAGGUCCUGGACUGCAGGAAGAGAUCCCGUGAACCAGGCCUGUAUCUUUCCUGGACCAACUCCUGCCUCUAGGGAUGCCUGAGCUCUUCCCCUGCUGGUCAGCACUGCCCACCCCACCUGCCCAGGCCAGAAGUCCCCUUCCCCGUCUUGUCACCAGACAGCCAGGCAGGGCACUCUGCCUUCUACCUCCUGGGCAUGCGUGUGGCCCUGGCCUGCAGGAAAGCUGGAGGAGCCCAGCCCCCAGCUAGUGCCCUCCCAGAUGGUCCCCAGAAGACCCCUGUCCUAUAGCCCUGUUUGGAAGUGAGUGCCCCUGAAGUGAAUCGUGACAAAUAUCAUCCAUUCUGUCCUGGGCUAGGGCACCACAUCAGGGUCCCCCACCAAACAAAAUGUAGACACACCUGUGUUAGGCACACUCUAACAAAGACACAGAGGAUGGGCAGGGUGAAGACUUCACUGGGGACCAAGAGGGACUGUCCUCAAGGGAGGCCAAGGGCCACGUGUGGGAGAAGGAGACUAAAGUAGUUUCUUAAGAACAGGUGUGCAUUUUGAGGGUGGGGUUAGCCAAGAGUCCUCAGGCUCCUAGGAAAGAGUAACAUAUUUAAAAAGGAAAAUGAAGACCAUAGAGGGAGUUUGUUUUUUUUUUUUUUACUAAAUGGGGGUAUUUUGAAGGUAAUUUAUUAUUAUUUUUUUUCUUUCCAACUCUGUGUCACUUGUUCUUUUUUCAAGGAGAAGCAUUCUUUUUCCAAAUGUAAGCUUUGCGUGCUGUGCGUGCUUCAUGCCUCCCCACCCAGAGCAGCCCGGCUGGGCUGGACCUGGGCUCAGUGGGGACUGAUGCUCUGGCCCAGAAGGCGCAGCUGUUGGCAGGGAGCCUCAGCAGGCCGGGUGGGAGACAGGGCAGGCAGAGGCCGGGCAGCCCUCCAACCUGCCCAGCCCCUCCUGCUGGUGACAGCUUUAGACCACGCACAGUGGCCAGGGCUGCUGACUCUACUUAGCCAGCAGCCCCCUCCCUAGCCCACCUGCUUUCAUCCCCCAUCCCCACACCAGCUCCUGUCCCUAAACAGAAGCCCACAGACCCAGGGCGGUGAAAUAGCACAUUCAGGAACUCUAGGGCACCCAGAUUCCCGCCCACUCACCUCCUGAGGCCUCAGGUGGGGAGGGGCAGGCAGGGCUGUCCCUGAAGGCACAGGUGAAGCCAGGAGUGGGGACAGCUGGACUGGGGAGACCAGUUGAAAUGCAGCUAUACCCCCAAGGCUGUUUCCCUAAGUGAAGGACCAAGCCAGGCCUCAGGGUGACUGAGAUCAGGUGGGGUUGGGGGUGGACACACAGUGGCCCCAGUGUGGCUCCCUAGGCCCCAAGGCCCCCAGCCUCCCAGGUGCCCGCCAUGAUGACCCUCAGGUGGCAGUGACUGCGGCGUCACUGUACAAGACAUUUUCUCCUGCUGAGCAGAAGGUAUCGCCCCUGCAAACUACCUCUUCCCACAAUGUCUUUCUCCCCUGGUACCAAAAAGAACCCUGUACCUCCUCCUCCCUCCCGCCAGCGCAGUGCCCUUGGUCUUGGAAACCGAAGGGAGAAGGUCUGGCCUGGUGUGGGGGCUCUGCGCUCUCCCCAGCCGAUGUCAGCACUGGCCCUCCACGAGGUCCCAUACUUGAACGCCCCUGCCCUGUGCCUUGUACCUGGGCAAAGUGAAGAGGAGCGGAGCACAACUUGGUGGAGCUGGGGUGGCCUUGCAAGGCUCCUGUCCUCACCCCUCCCCAACCUUCUCAGAAGGGGCCUGCGGCCUCCCAGUGACUCAAACUCCCGGACAAAUUCCAUUCUAACUUAUUUUGACGUGUAUACAAACCAACUGUUUAGAGAGUCCACUUGUGCAAAGCCCUACUGUGAUUUUAUGUUCCUGUUUAAAGAGAGGUUUACUUAGCAAUAAUUAUAAAUAAACAAAUAUUCUUUA